AAUUGCAUACUGGGUUCUGUUUUCCCACACCCGUACGUAAAUCGAUGUUUAAGAACUUUUUAAUUGUAAAGAAUCGAAGUUGUCUUCACUAAUUCAAUAUCACUAUAAAGUCGUCUGAAUUCCAAAUCGUGUCCGUAAAUUUUCAAGAUUCUUUAUGUUUCGGUAAUCUCCGGUAAAUUCCGUAGGGUGCGGUUCGUGAUUAAUACCGUCAAGUAAACAACGCUUAGAAGUGGAGAGUUCAUUAUAAAAUUCUUGUUUGCAAUCAAUAAUUUCAGAUAGCCAGACAAAAUGUUAAAGAAUUUAUUUGGUUCCGUUGUUAAAUAUAAAAAUCAGGAUUAUGAUGCCCUCAAGAAAGAAAGCAAGGAAAAGGGGACAUUAUUUAUUGACACAGAGUUCCCGCCAGAUGAUCGAUCCCUGUUUUACACCCCCAAUAAAAUGCAAGGAGUGGUGUGGAAACGACCUAAGCAAAUUUGUGACAAUCCUAAGUUGUUUGUAGAAGGUGCCAGUUCUGGUGAUGUAUCACAAGGUCGUCUUGGUAACUGCUGGUUUGUUGCUGCAUGUUCCUGUUUAGCACAAGAAAAAGAGAUUUGGAACAAGGUUAUCCCAGAUUCUAAAGAACAGGAGUGGAGUGAUGAAAAACCAGAGAAUUAUCAAGGAAUUUUUAAAUUUCAAUUCUGGAGAUAUGGAGAAUGGACAGAGGUGGUCAUUGAUGAUUUUCUGCCUACCAUUAACGAUGAACUUGUUUUCAUCCAUUCACAGAGUAAAAAUGAAUUUUGGAGCGCACUCUUGGAAAAGGCCUAUGCCAAAUUUUUUGGUUGUUACGAAGUAUUAGAUGGUGGAGAAUUAGCCGAAGCUUUAGAAGAUUUUUCUGGAGGUGUGUCCGAUACCAUUGAUCUGGUUAAAUCUAAUGUCAAUACAAAUGUCGAGGAGCGAGUUAAGUUGUUUGCUCAUAUGAAGAAAGACAUGGACAGAAGAUCGUUGAUGGCAGCUUCUAUCCCAGCUACAUCAGCUGAUGAAAUGGAAGCGUCAACUAGUAAUGGUUUAGUUAAAGGUCACGCGUAUGGUAUAACUGCCGUGAAAAACGUCCAUCUUGAAGGUUCAGGGUUGUUUGGAUUAUUUAAUCGUGAUAAAUUACCGAUGGUUAGAUUAAGGAAUCCAUGGGGACAGGGAGAAUGGAAAGGUGCUUUUAGCGAUGGAUCUCCAGAGUGGAACAAAAUCAGUAAGGCUGAUCGUGAGAAGGUUGGUCUUACAUUUGAAGAUGAUGGUGAAUUCUGGAUGACAAUGGAUGAUUUUUCAACCAAUUUCCUCAAUGUUGCCAUCUGUCGUGUGGUUAAUACAAGUUUCUUAUCUCUAAAUAAAACAUGGCACGAAGGUCUACAUCACGGAGCGUGGAAGAAACCAAACCGAGCUGGUGGUUGUAUGAACAACAGAGAAUCAUUCUUAAAUAAUCCACAGUAUGUAUUUGAAAUAACUGAAGAUGAAGAUGAAUUCAUGAUUCAGUUGAUGCAGAAGAGUACCAGAAAUAAAGAGGGCAGUACUAAUGCUACAAUUGGUUUUACACUAUUUAAAGUUGAGUUAAAUCGUAAAUACAGAAUUCAUAAUUUAAAUCUACAUGAAAAAGUUACAUCCUCCGUAUUUAGAGACAGUCGUUCUAUGUUUAUGAAACACACAGCAACUAAAGGACGAUAUGUGAUUAUACCUAGUACCUUUGAUGCAGGCGUAGAGGCUGCGUUCCUGAUGAGAGUCUAUACAGACACAGCUAAUGCUUUCAAGGAAUUGACCUUGGAUCAUCCUGACAAGAAAUGGUGGGAUUGCUGCGGUGGUGCUCCGAAAUUAGUUACCCAUAUUAAAGUUAUUCGAGCACAGGGUCUCGAGAAACAGGAUGUUCAAGGUGCUGAUCCGUAUUGUGUUAAUUACAAUGUGUUAUAUAUUAUACAGGUGCUGAUCCAUAUUGUGUUAAACCGUGUUAAUUACAAUGUGUUAUAUAUUUUAUACAGGUGCUGA